AUGUCUGACCGCUACCACCCCACCGAGCACGACGGCCUCAAGAAAGACGGCACCCCCGACCAACGCGUCAAAGGCCACGAGUCCGAAGCCCAUCGCGAAAACGCCGCCCACAACCUGAACAACCAGGGUGGAAACCAGCAGGACGAGGGCCAAACCCACACCCAGAGUCGCGGACAGGAGCAGGGGGGCGAAGGCGAGGGGCAUCGGUUUAGGCCUACUGAGCAUGAUGGUCUGAAGAAGGACGGAACACCCGACCAGCGUGUCAAGGGCCACGAGUCCGACGCCCACAAGCAGAACGCUGCUCACAACCUCAACAACCAGUGA